AGAGCCAGACUAUAACGCUACAGACAAACGGUAAACAAAAUGGAACUGUUGUGCGUACGGCACGGUAUCGAAUGUCCAUAGAAUUACUCAUUUUAUAAUAGUAAUUUUUAUUUUUUGGAUCAUGAAAACUGUUAAUUCUUUGUAUUUCAUGGCAACUUCCAGUGGGUCAAAUUUAGAGGACCCCUGAAAGCUCUGUACAGCCGUAAACGCUGGGGCGUUGUCGUAUCGAUACGUUUGUGUACGAAUUGCUCAGUCCAUGGUGCAGUGGAAGAGAAAAUGGGGAAUUUCCCAAGCUUUAGUCGGGUGAUCAGCCUGGACACGAACGAAGAAAUCGUAAGCUGGAUUGAGAUGUGGUAUCAGAUAUUCCUCUGGUAUCUCUUCUCAUCCUUCCUAAUUCAUUCCGGGGCUGCUGUCAUCGCCUUCUGGGCCCUCCACAAACACAAGAUGGGUCGACUUUAUUCCCUGGUCAUACUUGUGAUGGGGUUCGUGGGGCCCAUAACUGGAGGAAUUGUAACAAGUGCAAUCAUCGCCGGUCUGUUUAUCACGUCUGAGUUCCCCAUGUAUCCCCUCUACGCUAUGGUGUGUGGCUGGGGGCAAACCAUCAUGGUCGUUGUCAUCUCAUUCUCUCGGAUACUUGCCACGCUGUGACGACGUAAGAGCGUAGAAAAAAGCCGUGCUUCUGUCUUGCACUCCGGUUCCUACUGCCGUACAAGAUUCGAACCAGCCAACAACAGCAAACUCCGUGGUCAAGUGGUUAAAGACAUGUACCCACUUAAACAGGAAGUCUUGGGUUCAGUUUCAAUCGGAGUAGCUCUUGAGUUAUUCUUUCUAUACUCUAGGAAAACCACUGAGUAUUAUUUGAUGAGGCUGCCGUCAGUACUGUCUGUGUGGUAGUAACAGUACUACAUUGUACUUCUUCCUGUUCAGUAUAUAUUUAACUGCUUUAUAGAGCAAGUCACUUAUGGUUUCAUGAUGGUCAGUUGCAGAUAUGGAAAACAUUGUUUUUCUAAUGUUUCUCCAAAAGCUUGCCCCUGGAUGAUAAAGCAUUCCUGGCCAAAAUGGCUGACUUAUUAGUCAGCAUGAAAAUGUUGAUAAAAACGUGAGUGAUCACAAGCUUGAACGCAGCAAUGAUAUAAAGCAGCUUCGUGUUAUUUGGUUCACGCCCCCAUUUUCUUCCCUUGCCCCUCCCACAUUGAAAAUGGCAGUACUUGAUCCUGCAUGCUUGUACUACAUUGGUGCAAAACUUUGGUCCCAUGUACUGGAUCACAAUCAAUCAAAAGAAAUUUGUAAAGCGCCAAAAUCAAAAAGUUUGCUCUAAGGCGCUGAUGGGGCACCAAAAAGAAGGAAAACUAUGGUACACCUCCUGAAACAGGUGAGCUUUCAGGAGUGUCUUGAAUGUAUGCAGUGAGGUGGUAUCUCUUAUGUAUUCUGGAAGUUUGUUCCAGAUUCUGGGGCCGUAUACAGAGAAUGAUCUAUCAGCAAAAGAGACACAAUGGGUUCUGGGCUCAACAAAGUGUAGUGAGCAGGAGGUUGAUGAUCGAAGUCGUCUCUCCUUAUAUGAAGAGUUGAACAACUAGGAAAUUGAUCAUAGCAUACAUAUAGUAGGAGUGUAAUAUGAUUUCACGGGGUGACUGCAUGGUGUGUUGACAUGCAUUGAAGCUCUUUGUAUCCAGGGAAAAGGAAGCAAAAAUGACUGAUAUUUUAAAUCAGUGUUAUUUAUAAAGAAAUAUAAAGUACUACAUGUAUAUUAAAAACUGUCCUCAAGUGUACAUUUGUUGAAAGCUUUAAAUUUGAUAUAUUGGACUUUUUUCCUGUUUGUUGAAUUAAUUUUUAAAUACCCAUCUUUACGUCUUUGAAAAACGUCGCAAGUUUUGUUACUAUUAUAUGAUGUUUGUCGUCUUUGGUUGAAUCUUUGAACCGAGUUUGGCUGAUAAUUUUGAAAGUUUUUGGGGGAUAUUACCUGAUAUUACCUGCAAAUGUUGUUCCUUUAAAUAAAAAAAAAACACCCUAGUGAUUUCAAGUUCGUUAAAUAAUAGAACUCAGAAUUUUUGCACUGAGAUUUCCAACUAUAAAAAUGAUAUCACACUACGAUGUUCGGUGCCUCUUUAACCCUAACCCCCACGGGGUGUUCUCUAGGCACCCUGCCAAAUGCAACAGAAUGCAGUGAACUAAUACAUGCCAGCCGUGGUACCAAGUACUGGUACCUACCCUGCUAAAUGCAACGGAAUGCAGGGGUGGAAUGCAUCGGAUCAGGAGACUGCUAAAUGCAACAACUUUUUACCACUGGUGCAUUCUGUUGCAUUUAGCAGAGUUAAGGGUUUUAAAGAGGCUGUGGAAUGCUGAAAGUCGUUUUGUUUGUUAUAUUUUUUUAUUGUAGUGUAGACCCAUACAUAUCAAAAUGACAAAGUCCCAUU